UUGAAAUCUAGUCUGGUUGCAGGAAAUGUUCAGCCUUAUCAGUUUGUUCUACCGCCGAAUUGGAAACAGUUGCGAAUAGCCAACAUUUUGUCAGGUAAUUACUGCCAACCGAAAUGCGCAGAGCCAUGGAUCGAAGUGAAGUUUGAGAACGAGAAGCAAGGCAAAGUUCAAGUAGUCGCAUCUCCUCUGAUCCGCUUAACCAACAAACCAAAUGCAACCAUUGAAGAUCUCGGUGAGCCAGAGAAAGUGAUUGCUUCUCUUGGUCCCUUUGUCACCGGAAACUCUUAUGACUCUGAUGAACUUUUGAACACUUCUAUCGAAAAGAUUGGAGAUCAAACGUACUAUAAGUAUGUGUUGGAGACGCCAUUUGCGCUCACGGGAAGUCACAAUCUUGCAAAAGCGACAGCAAAGGGUAACACGGUGGUUUUGUUUGUUGUGAGUGCUACUGAAAAGCAAUGGCAGAGCUCACAGAAGACUCUUCAAGCCAUUCUUGAUUCUUUUCAACUGUAAAUCCUGAGUUAUUGUUGAGACUCUGGAUUCAAUAAACCAAAGAGCAAACGGUAUGUGUGAAAUGGGUGCUGUGUGUAGUACAAUUAACUCGGAUUCUUUUCUACUGUAAGUUCAAGCUAUGACUCGGUAUUACAUAGUUUUUUUACUAUU